AUGGAGUCCAGUGGAUGUUUUCUCUCCAACCAUGACCAAAACAACGAUGGAUUCCAGGCCAAAGCGCCCAACUUUGCAUUGGCCUGGCAGUUUGUAUCCAGCCUUUCGGUGCGGCAGCGCAAGCGGCACAAGCGACACAAGCGGCGCAAGCGGCGCAAGCAGCGCACGCACACCGCGCAGCAGCGCAUUCUCCCAAUGUUCCACGGGCAGGCACGAAUUGGGGCAAGUGCCGUUGCACGGGCAUUGAUCGUGUUCACCACAGGUUGGGCGAUUAGGUCAGUGAACUCUUUACAGGGCCAACUCUUGACUGUUGCAGAUCACUCUGCAGGAUGCACGGCCCCACCCAACAACAGGGUGCAACUAGGGAAGGCGGCUCCAUGGAACCGCAUGGAAACAUCCCCGUGGCCCAACUCGCCUCCGCAUGUGAUCCGGAUCCAAAGCCCUCUCUACAAAGAUUCUCAGUCCCCCCGUUUUCUGAUGAAACAUCCCUCGCAUCCUCAGCUCCAUUCAGCUUCAGCGCAUGCACCUCCUGGAGGGAUGCAUCCAAUGAGAUGGUCCGGGGGCACCACCCAGGUGUCACCCAGACUCCGGACGUCCUCUCCUCCACCGCAGCAGCCAUCACCGCAGCAGCAGUCACCGCAGCAACCACCGCAGCCGCGGCAGAGUCACCUCCUUCCUGUGGCCUUGGCCAACUCUGUGGCGGCAGCAGCUGCUGCGGCACAUGCAGCUGGCCACAGCCAGGAGCAUCCGGAGAUGCCAGGGAUGCACCCGCCGUCAGGGCACCCUGUGCCACUGGGGCAACAUGGGCCACCGGGGCAGCCUGGGCAGCCUGGGCAGCCUGGGCAGCCUGGGCAAGCUAUGAUCCAGGUGCAACAGAUGCAACAAAAGAUGCAGAUGCAGGUUGGUCAGGUUCCACAUCCGCAGAUCCAGAAGCAGAUGCAACUGCAGCAAAUGCAGAUGCAGCAGUUUCAGCAAUUGCAUUCACAGCCUGGUCAAUCCGGGCAGGUUCAUUUGAUCCCUCCGAUGCUUGCGGACCCCCAGCAGACUCAACCAUUGGAUGCCAGUUCCGUUAUUCGGAAACCUUCCUCAGACAUCACUCAAGUGCCAUCGCGAAGAGCCUCAAACGCGACCCUGUCACCAGCUGGAUCGCCACUGCUGACCACGAGAGCUGUUGCGACCGUACACUCACCAUAUGCUGAAGGCAAAAGCACAGCGCCCACACAGCUGCUUUGGGCGCUGCAUGUGGAGGCCGCCUCCCAGAGUUUGCUUCACCAGUGGGAGGCACGUUGCGAACUUCCUGUGACUCAGCGGGUGGGUCUUCUGUUCCAGAAGGACUUCUUCACUUCCAUCCUGAGCGAAGAGGAGGUCUCCAUGGUGGACAGGGAGCAGUUCCAGAUUUGGGCGGUCGACAGCAAUGGCAGUGAUCGCUCCUGCUCCUUUUUCUUGACGAACUUUAGUUCCAAUGGCACCAUGGUGAACAACCAGCUCUUGUGCAUUGGUGGAGAGCAGGUGCCCUUGAAGGAUGGCGACCGGAUCGCACUGCUGCGAGAACGUGGCGCUGGGAUGGAGACGCUGUUGGAGUUUCGAUUUGAUCUGUCAGGAUCGAUCCUGAAGGACUUGGCUGCUUGGCUGCUGCCUUCACGGCUGGCGGCUCGACCCAGUGCGCUUCCAACGUUGGCAUCGAUCCCGAGCGCGGUGGCAGAGCCGUCUCCUCCCACACCGCGCGAGGCGAUGCCUCAGCCAGAGUUAUUUUCCGCAGAGAAAAAGGAGGACCCGGAUGAGGCGAGUCCAAGGCCUUCAGCAGAGGGAGUAUCCUUCCUGGGUGUGCGCCCAUUGCCACUCUUCUCUCUGGAGUUGGGUGGAGAGGGCCUGCAGGAUGAUGUGCGGGAGGAGGACUUGAAGAUCAUCCAUGGACCAGUUGCCAAGACUGAGGGCGUACCUGGAAGUUGCCUUCCACUGUUGCUGGGGCGCUCGGCGCAACGCAGCUUUUGGCAGCGAAUCUUGUGCUCCAACGCCUUCUAUGCAAUGUCGCGGCAGCACUUGCAAUUCGAGGUCGGCGAGGAGUUCUCUGUGUCCUCCAGCGCAACUUUCUACGUCAGGAACCUGAGUUCGUCUAACCCAGUACGAAUCUGCAGGACAAGCCUGCAAGAAGAGAUGCAAGUUGCUGUUCCGCUUGAGAUGGGUGCAAAGAGGCAGCUUCAAGACAGGGACGUGAUCGUCUUGAAUCCUGUCCAGGGAUAUAGUUUGUGGUUGAUCUUCUCUGAUCUGUGGGCAAAGCGUACGGACGCUCCUGAGAAUGGUGCCAAUGUGGCUGAACCAAAAUGGAUUGCGUUUGCUCGAAGACAGCUGACUGAUGUGGCAGGGCACGCAGGGCACACUGAAUGAACAAGGCUAAAGCGGCUAAAGGCUACCGUCUUCGCAGCUGUAGGAUGGUUUCCGGAUGCUCGCUACCAGUAGUUGCAAGACUUUACCCUUGUUUGGCUCAAC